AUGACUGAAUCAUCUCAAUACACCUUAAAGUACCAGCACUUACUUAGAGACCUAAAGAGCACUGUGGAGGGAUUGUUGAUGACCCAAGUGGCAAACGUUUGGUCUAUUUUUGGUGGCCUAAACAGAUUCCACGCCAUAGUUGAUAAAAUAUUCAAACACGGAUGUAAAGGAUCAUUGAAGGAAUCCGCUUAUUACAGUUUCAUACAAGGAUUGGAAUGGUUACAGCCCGAUAGCUCAAAAUCCUACUUCUCCAUAGACUGCGAAUAUCGUCCGCACAUUCCGUCCCAUUUAAAAACCGACAAAUCCGCUAUUUGGCUAUACCGAAGUUUGGAAAAUCAUUCUUUAUCGCAGAAACUCUCUUGGCUCCUUACAGACAAGAACCACCUAUCUCAAUGUUACCAAGAAUACGCCUUUCUUCGCCAAGAGAAAUACGCCGAAGCCACUCUGAUAUGCUUAAGAGCGGUGGAAAGAAACCAAGCGAGCCUGCUUUCCGAUAUCAACCCCUAUUUAUUCAUCCAAAAACCCAACGACUUUCUCAAAGUUCACAGAAGGUGCUCCUCGUUUCCCGACCAUCAUAUGCAAAAGAUAUACGCUGAAAGGUUUAAUGUCAGGAGAAGAACGGUGCAAAAUGUGCAAACUGAAUUAAGAAAAGAGGCUGUAAAGAAAGUUAAGCAAAAUGUACAGGGGAAGUUGAAACCGUGGAAUAGCAUGCCUUCUCUAUUAUCUGUUCAAUCUAAGAUUAGUAAAAGGCCUUGUUCGGAGAGCAAAACCACCCCCACGACUCCGGUGCACACGAAGAAAAUAUCACCGACUGCCCUUAAGGUCGAUUAUGGCACCCUCCAGCCCGCCUCCAAGAAGUUGAAUCUCAAGCGAAACCGGCCGUACGCCAAGUCGACCUGUGUGAAGCAUAUCAUCAUCGACAACUGCAACAUAGUGGAGCACACGCCGUCGCUGAGCAGCUCCCAGAGCAGCGGUACGAUAGUUAACGAAGAACUCAUGCAAUCUACCAUAUCAAUGCCCGAGACUAAAUCGAAAACGAGCAAUAUAUUAUCCCAAUCGCCUUUGAAUGUGGUCGAUUCGUUUUUGCCGAUGGCCGGCGAGAAGGAUUACAAGAAGAUGCCGAAGAAAACUUUUAUAGAGGACGGAGGAAUGAGCGUCCUGCCGAUGGCCACCGGCUAUUUCCCGAAACCCACCAAAGGUCAGAGCCUGCUAUCGUUUCUGACGUCGAGCCAAUUCAGCAGGGCCAACGCCGAAUUGGACAGGGAGAACGCGCACUUUAGCAUAUCCGAAGCCAUCAUAUCCGCCAUGGAGCAGAUACGGUGCAAAAGAAGCGGCAAAUUGACCGAUGAUAUCGACGACAGCGAUCCAGAAAUCGUCGAGCUCAAACAAAAAAUCAGAUUGAGAAGGACCAAAAGGGUGCUGGAGAAACAGAAGAAUCACAUGUCAUCGAGCAUGACGAGCGACAUCAAAAGCGACACAACAACAACCGUCAGUCCCUGUUCGACCACCUCGGACGGUUCGAGUUCUGACGACGUGGAAGAUUUGGAAAUCAACGAAACCUCGAAUUUGGAGGAGAACGCCGGCCUGUCGAUGUCGAUGGCGUCUCUCUUCUCCGAAGCAGACAUUAUGAAAAGACAUACUCGCGGUGCUCCCGACGGUGCUUCGGAUAUAUUCUCAGCCGAAGGAGUAGCAAUCUCUCUAAUUAGUAAAUUUAGCGAUAAACAGUUACCUCGAGCUUCGGAUUUGGAAUGGUUGGUGUCUGAGGAGGACGCUCCGCAAGCUCUCCUGCCUCUACCGAAGAGUUGGCCAGUCAGUCCGGACUCGGCCGAAGAGAAUGUCACUCCGUUAAGAGGCACACAAGAAUGGGCACCACCUAGGGCUCAAAUCAUAUUUACCAUACACCCGAGUCCAGUAAGGAAGGAUUUGAUGGCGAAACAGAAUUAUAGGUGCGCGGGAUGUAGUAUGAAAGUGGCUUCGAAAUACGCGUCUCGAUUUCGGUACUGCGAAUAUUUAGGUAGGUAUUUUUGUACGGGAUGCCACAAGAAUCAGUUGGCGCUUAUACCUGGGCGGAUACUCCAAAAAUGGGAUUUUAAGAGGUACCCUGUAUCUACUUUCUCCUAUAAAUUAUUAGAACAAAUGUUUCCGGAUCCCCUGUUUAGGGUGUUUUCGUUAAACAAAAAGAUACCAAGCAUUUCGAAGGGGAUUGAACUUUGCAGGAAACUGAGAUUAGUAUUAUUUUACAUGAAGGAUUUUAUUUUCACGUGUAGAUUCGCGGAAUCUUUUAGUAUCCCCGAAAAGUUGGAAGAAUUAGGAUCUGCGCUAACUCAGCCCGAUUUUUACUCCAUCGACGAUUUGAUUAAAGUUAAAACUGGAGAGAUGAUUAAGAAAUUGAAAAGUUUAGUGGAUAUUUGCCUGAAACACACGUCUGAAUGCAAGCUGUGUUUGGCUAGAGGAUUCUUCUGUGGUAUAUGUAACGCUAACGAAGUGAUAUUCCCAUGGCAAAUGAGGACUGUGUCUAGAUGUGAUAAAUGUGGUAGUUGUUACCAUGUGGGCUGCUGGCGACCGGGAAAUUCUCCUUGCACUAAAUGCUCUAGAUUAAAAAAAAGGAAAGAAAGUACUGAUAGUAGUUAUUAG